GGUGGGCGUGGCGCGCCGAAGGGGCGGAGCGGAGGGCGGGGCCUCGCUGGCGGCGCACCGCCUCUGGGCGUUGCUCUCCCUCUCGGUAGCUCAGCCUGGCGCGGCUUCUCUCCCAGGAACCUCUGCGCGGCGGCAGCAUUUCCGGAAGGGGCGGGUUGGCGGGUGGACUGGCUGUGCGCGUCGGAAGUGGGCGGCCGCGGUUCAAGCGGAGCGGCGCUGCCGGAGGCACCUGGCCGAACUGGAGGGCGCGGCGGAGAGGAGCUCAGGCGGCCCCCGCGGCCCGAGCGAGCGGGCUGCUGGGGGGCCUGCGGGGGCCGCGGCGGCGCCGGCGGAGCGCGGUGGCGAUGGGGCGCCGAGCCGGGCUGGGGCGGGGGCUUCGGCCAUGUUCGCGGGGCUGCAGGACCUGGGUGUGGCCAACGGCGAGGACCUGAAGGAGACCCUCACCAACUGCACCGAACCGCUCAAGGCCAUCGAGCAGUUUCAGACAGAGAACGGCGUGCUGCUGCCGUCCCUGCAGUCGGCCUUGCCCUUCUUGGACCUGCAUGGGACGCCUCGGCUGGAGUUCCACCAGUCGGUGUUUGACGAGCUGCGGGACAAGCUGCUGGAGCGCGUGUCAGCCAUUGCUUCUGAGGGGAAGGCCGAGGAAAGGUACAAGAAGCUGGAAGACCUGCUGGAGAAGAGCUUUUCCCUGGUGAAGAUGCCGUCCCUGCAGCCGGUGGUGAUGUGCGUCAUGAAGCACUUGCCCAAAGUCCCCGAGAAGAAGCUCAAGCUGGUCAUGGCCGACAAGGAGCUGUACCGGGCCUGUGCCGUGGAGGUGAAGCGGCAGAUCUGGCAGGACAACCAGGCGCUCUUCGGCGACGAGGUCUCCCCGCUGCUGAAGCAGUACAUCCUGGAGAAGGAGAGCGCGCUGUUCAGCACAGAGCUCUCUGUCCUGCACAACUUCUUCAGCCCGUCCCCCAAAACGAGGCGCCAGGGCGAGGUGGUGCAGAAGCUGACGCAGAUGGUGGGGAAGAACGUGAAGCUGUACGACAUGGUGCUGCAGUUCCUGCGGACCCUCUUCCUGCGGACGCGCAACGUGCACUACUGCACACUCCGCGCGGAGCUGCUCAUGUCCCUACACGACCUGGACGUGGGCGACAUCUGCUCCGUGGACCCCUGCCACAAGUUCACCUGGUGCCUGGACGCCUGCAUCCGCGAGCGCUUCGUGGACAGCAAGAGGGCCCGGGAGCUGCAGGGCUUCCUCGACGGAGUGAAGAAGGGUCAGGAGCAAGUUCUGGGGGACCUGUCCAUGAUCCUGUGCGACCCCUUCGCCAUCAACACGCUGUCCCUGAGCACCGUCCGGCACCUGCAGGAGCUGGUGGGCCAGGAGACGCUGCCCAGGGACAGCCCCGACCUCCUGCUGCUGCUGCGGCUUCUCGCGCUGGGCCAGGGGGCCUGGGACAUGAUCGACAGCCAGGUCUUCAAGGAGCCCAAGAUGGAGGCGGAGCUCGUCACCAGGUUCCUGCCCACGCUCAUGUCCUUCGUGGUGGACGACCAUGCCUUCAACGUGGACCAGAAGCUCCCUGCUGAGGAGAGGGGCCCGGCCGCCUACCCCAACACACUCCCCGAGAGUUUCACCAAGUUCCUGCAGGAGCAGCGCAUGGCCUGCGAGGUGGGGCUCUACUACGUGCUGCACGUCGCCAAGCAGCGGAACAAGAACGCGCUGCUGCGCCUGCUGCCCGGGCUCGCGGAGGCCUUCGGGGACCUGGCCUUCGGCGACAUCUUCCUGCACCUGCUCACGGGGAGCCUGGCGCUGUUGGCCGACGAGUUUGCGCUGGAGGACUUCUGCAGCAGCCUCUUCGACGGCUUCCUGCUCACGGCCUCCCCGAGGAAGGAGAACGUGCAGCGGCACGUGCUGCGGCUGCUGCUCCACCUGCACCCCCGCGUGGCGCCCGCCCGCCUGCAGGCGCUGCAGAAGGCCCUGGAGCCCACCAGCCAGAGCGGAGAGGCGGUGAAGGAGCUCUACUCUCAGCUCGGGGAGAAGCUGGAGCAGCUGGACCACCGGAAGCCCAGCCCAGCCCAGGCUGUUGAGACCCCGGCCCUGGAGCUGCCCCUCCCCGCCGUGCCCGCCUCAGCCGGGCUCUGAUGCUCCUUCCCCUGGGGCCAUGCGGGGCCACUCGGCCCUGGUGGCCGGGAAGAGGCCCCUUGACCUCACACCACCGGGGCCCGUGUCUCCUGGAGGCAGAGAGCUGCUCCUGGGGCUGGGCCGCCACACUGGGCCGUCGCCCCCCUCGGUGCCACAGCUCCGCCCCGGCCUGGGUCUUGAAAGCUGAGUGCCUGAGGGCCACCUGGGCCUGUGCCCGAGGCAGGCCUCCGGCCAGACCCCUGAAGCAGGGCCACUGUCCAAACGCCCUGCGCCUGGCCCCCGCUGCCCUGCACUGUGAGGCUGCUGCAGCCCCUGUGUGGGUGUCCGUGCGUGGCCGGAGGGGGCAGUGGGCAGAGACGAGGAGGAAGCCACCUGCUCUCUACGGGAGGGGGCGGGUGGCAACACUGCUGGGUCCGCCCAGCCCUCUGGAGGACUCCCAAGGGUCAGACAGCGGGUGUCGCUGCCCAAGGCCCUGCAGGGAGGGAGCCCUCCCGCCCUGGCCAGCAGCACCCUGCGGAGCAGGUGUGGCCCGGGACAGCCCAAGGCCCGCCCGCCCCUCUGCUUUCCCUGGCAGCAGGUGCGCGGCUCAGGCACCGGCUCAGCCAGGUGAGGCUCCCGUGUAAAUAAAGGCUUUGUGGUCA